AGGCAGCGGCGGCGGAGUGAAGUGCGCAAACCAGCGGCGGAUUGCAGCAGCGGAUUGCAGCAGCGGUUCCGCUUCCACUUCCAGUCCGGGCGCUUAAAGUCGUAUUUAACUUCAUUCUGAACGUCAGCCGGGCGGUCCAGAGUUCGUGCGGUUGUUAUCGGAACAGCGGUUCAGAGUCACAUCAGCCGAGAUCAAGCCCGAGUCGGAACAGGGGACUGGUGGACAGGUCAUGGCAGGAAGAGGCGGCGCAACGAGACCUAACGGGCCGAACUCGGCCGGCAACAAAAUCUGUCAGUUCAAACUGGUGCUCCUCGGAGAAUCUGCAGUGGGCAAGUCCAGCCUGGUGCUGCGCUUCGUCAAGGGCCAGUUCCAUGAGUUCCAGGAGAGCACGAUAGGAGCUGCCUUCCUGACUCAGACGGUAUGCUUAGAUGACACGACGGUGAAGUUUGAGAUUUGGGACACAGCCGGACAGGAGCGCUACCACAGCCUGGCGCCGAUGUAUUACCGGGGCGCGCAGGCAGCCAUAGUGGUGUAUGACAUCACGAACGAAGAAUCAUUCACACGUGCAAAGAACUGGGUUAAAGAGCUGCAGAGGCAGGCCAGUCCUAAUAUCGUAAUAGCGCUGGCUGGAAACAAAGCAGACCUCGCCAACAAGAGAGCACUGGACUUCCAGGACGCACAGUCGUACGCAGACGAUAACAGUUUGCUGUUUAUGGAAACGUCAGCGAAAACGUCGAUGAACGUGAACGAGAUUUUCAUGGCUAUCGCAAAGAAGCUCCCCAAGAACGAGCCGCAGGCCGGCGGGACGAACCCGGCCCGGAAUCGAGGAGUGGACCUGGCGGAGACGGCACAGCCCGCCAAAGCGUCGUGCUGCGGCAACUAACCGCCCGUCACGCACCGCGAUCGCCUCCCGGCUAACUCUGCAUCACUUCUGGACACGGGGUGCAUCCUUCCGACCCCUGGCUCCGUGGAACUCCUAAAGACUCUGUAUAGCUCUGUUUCUAUUAACGUUUCUCUUUAUUUUCUUCUCUUUUUUAAGAAAUUAUAAGUACUUCAGUAUAACGGAUGCAUGUAUCACUACAAAGCCUAAGUACACGUUUUUAACCUAACACAACUGCACAGGUAGCAAGGAUGAGCUCGAGUGAAACGAAUGAAACCCUGAGUGUGUGUGUGUGAGAGUGCGUGUGCGUAUCGUUUAGUAUUAAGGAAGCGGAGGCCCGGUCGUGUGUCCUUUCUGAACGGGUUUGGGUGGCCGUCGGCGCUCGUAUCUUCCUCUCGGCUCUGCAGGACGUGCAGCUUCUGCGUGUUCACGUGCCAUAACGUGGGAGGAUACCCAAAUCAAUCAGCUGUCUGAUCCGAAAUGAAGACGCGACCUAAAUUGUAGUGGUGUACAAAGUCAGACGGACGUAUGCAUGUCUCGCCCGUUCGUCCAGUGGUCUGGGUUUCGGCGAGAGAAGAAUUCUGAUCAUGUAAUCAUGUAACGCUUUGGUUUCUAUUUCCUUGCUAUAACAGUCUCAUGCCAAACGGUCAUAUUACACUAAAAGGGGAGAGGUUCAGAUGUUCAUAUGGUGGUGUUUUUACCAAGCCAUAUUCCCAAAAUAAUGAUUCAAAUGUCCAACCAAACCAUAAACCACGGAUCUGUGAACUGUUUCAGCCCAGAAAUAAAAUAAAAUAAAAAAAAUUAUAGUUGUCCAAUGCAGCAUAGAUCUCGCUCACUGUUUCUACAACGUCUGCAGUUCGUUCAGUCACCUCACUGCCAGAAGGUCCUGCGUUCGAUUCCCAGAUGGAGCGGUUCGGGUCCUUUCUGUGUGGGGUUUGUACGUUCUCCCUGAGGAGUUCCGUGUCCUCCCACAGUAUAAAUACGUGCAAGUGAGGUGAAUUGGAGAUACAAAAUCAUCCAUGACUGUGUUUGACAAUAAAGACUUGAACUGAUGAAUCUUGUGUAAGCAGUAACUACCUGUCCUGUCAUGAAUGUAACCAAAAUGUGUAAAAUGACGUUAAAAUCCUAAUAAAAAAAUAAAUACAGUAAGUCCUGUUAGCAGUCCCACCAUGAAACACAAUGUCCAUACAAUGUCCAGUUUCUCCCAAAGAGCGUUCUACUUUAAAUCUUCUUCUGGGCAGAUAAAUUGCUGCGUUAAUUUAAAUGAUCCAAACGUGGGAGGUGGCAGCUUCAAACGAUUGCUGGUUCCGGCCCCACCACCGCCAAGCCCCCACCGUUGGACCUCUGAGCAACUAAGCACCCUCGGUGUAAACGUACGAGCACAAAACCCCCAACUGGCAAGCUUUUGUGCUAACAAUGCUAUCCAAUACAGACUGUGACUCAGUGUCGCCCUCUACCUGUCGCCGUUAUCACGGUAAUCACAGUAGUCACAGUCUCGGACUAGCUGACAUCCAGGCCUUCCAGAAUUUCCAACUUGCGAUAUCAACACUGGUCGGGCGUUUGGUUGCAUUCGGUUGAUGUCGAACGUCCGCUGUUCAGUAUUUUUAUCGUUCUUACUGUUACAAAUCGUGUGGAAAAAUCUGAGGAACAUAAAACGGAGUAUCAUCAACACAAAUGCAAACAUGGCAGGCUCUAACACAGACUUUUAUCCUAAAUUCAUAGUGUUGCGGCAUCAAGAGAUAUAAACAAACCUUGCAAAGCUCUUUUAAUAUUCUAACAAUUUGAUUCAAGAGAUGCAAAUCUGGGCUACAUCAACCGUCUGGUCUGGUUUUCCCAUCUUCUCAUUGUGCGCAUUAUGAUGCUGACUAAGAAUUUUUACCCCUGCGUCUCAUCUUCACUAGACGGGAACAUUUGUCGACCUGCACUGAAGCUUUGCGCUCUCCGGUCUCGUCCCCACCGUGUCCCUCUUUGCUGAACACCCAAAACCAGGCAGAUUCUAUAAUGUCGUUAUUCUGAGCAGAUCAGGAACCGUCGACGUCGAUCAACGAAAUGUCAUUCGAUUGGUCAACUGCAAGCCUAAAAUGAUCAACUCGUCAUCAUAAUGCCGUGGGGGGAAGGAGGUAAAAUGUUGUAGCAGUGGGUUUUGUACAGGCCUCAUGCCUCAAACUUAGCAACUGGUUUCCAACAGCGGCCAAAGAGUACGUCUUGUCGACUGCAUACAUGAAUCUGUCAGCCAGUGAUUUAUAUUAAUAAAUAAACGGUGUAUUGUACGUGUAAAGUC